GGUUUACAGAAAUGAUGUUCUUGUUCAGGUACUUCAAGAAAUCUUCCAGACAGAAGAUACAAUCAUGCUACUGGAGAGAUCCAUAAUGGCAAAGGAGUACCCACUGAAAGUGGCUCAGACACGCCUGGAGGGAAGAACUAGGCGACCCAAUAUAGAACUAUGCCGUGAUGCACCUCAGUUUCAGCUUGUCACUGAAGUUUAUACUAUAGAUGACACCUUACAGACCUUAAAGAAACAUCUGCAAGAAGCCCGUGAUACUCUGCAAAUGCUACUUCACAACAAAUCAAAGCUGGAACACGACAUUUCUGUGAAGGCAAACUCCUUCUUCAUUGACAAGAAGUGUAUGGAGAUGCGCAAAACCUUCCCCUGCACCCCACGGCUCAUUGGCUACAUUUGAGCAGUAACCUUUGAUAUUUCUCAUGCAUGAUAUAAAAGCUGCAAAGGUUGCAAAUAUUUCCUGAAGGAAAUCAUUAUUUUGUUGGGGUUUUGUUUCUUUGUUUGAAAUCCAAUAGAAAUAAACCAACCAAAAUC